AUGGACUACAUAUUACUUCCUUAUGAUAAAGGCCUGUCUAUGAGCUUGAAUAUUGAAACAACCCAUCAACUCGGAAAAGGACUACGUUCGAUUCAAAAAAUGGUUGACAAUAACAGCCAUACAAUAAACCAGAUACGUAGCUCAUGUUGUAAUUGUAACGGUCAACUUGGUAGUAGUGUAGUACUCGUUUUGGCAUUAGCACUUCUCUUGCUGCAUUGGUACCCAGGAUUCGUCACUGUAAUCAUUAUUUGCUGGAUGGUAACAACUCUAGUUUGGGUAUUGGCUGGUUUAGAUUUCUUCUUUCACAACUUCGCAGAUGACUCAUGUUCAGCCCUAAUGGAAUUCGAACGUAAUGAUAACAACAAUACUCUAAGCUCAAUCCUGCCAUGCUUGGAUCCAAACAACUCAGAUGCUCUGUUGGCUGAAAUUGGCUCCACUAUACAGAAUUUCAUAGAUAAGUUGAAUUCUAGAGUAGUAGAGUUUUCGAGGUUGCUUGGAAUGGAAGAACAAAAUGCUGAUUUUGCACAUAUACGUGUCUGCAAUCCUUUCUCCGGAGGACCUAAGUUCAGCUAUGAACCAGACAUUUGCCAACAUAGUCUCUUAACAAUCGAAAAAUUACCAGAUGCCAUAGCAGGGGUAACUUGUUACGACGACCAGGACAAGGAUGCAUGUAGAAGAAAUGGAAGACUUCUUCCCCUUACCUACUACAAUAUGGCCACUGCUUACAGCCAAUCCAUCCAAGAGUUUCUGAAUCUAUAUCCAACUCUGCAGAGCCUAGCUUACUGUUCAUUUGUCAAGGAUGGGAUUUCUGAGGUCGUCAGGGAUCAAUGCAAGCCAAUCAAGCUUGCGUUUCGACUGCUAUUGGCGUCCAUCCUCUCCCUUGCCAUUUUCAUGGUGUUUUUAGUAUUGCUUCUUGUGGCAAGAGCUUUACAAGAGAAGGGUAGAGACUUCACUAUAUUUACCAUCACCGUUCCCCCAUAA